CAGAGCCCCAACUCCAUUCCUGAUCUUUGGGACAAGCUUCAUGGCGUCAAUGGUGAUGACAACACUCUGCUCGCACGUCUCUUUCCAUUGGAAUCAACCUCUUUUUCCUCAGGUGAUGUUUGAAAGGCAAGGAGACAACCAGUUUCCAUUUAAGAGAACUGCACACCAUCUCACUCUUCAUGCUGCUUCUGGAGUUGAUUUUGGAAGGCUAUCUACACCUUCUGGAAGAACUUGCAGGCAUAUGCCUUGGCCUGUUUUUGCUGUUGGUUCAGGUUAUGAAGCAUCAAUUUCUGAUCAAAAGAAGAAGGAUGACAUAUCUGUGGGUGAUGUGAAGAUAGUUAUUGAGUCUCGUGAUGAUGAUAAGAUUCAAGUAAGGGUGGACUUGACUGGAGAGCAAACACAGAAGGCAUUUGAUGAUGUUCUUACGAACAUGGCUCGCACAGCGCCCCCUAUUCCAGGGUUUCGAAGAACAAAAGGAGGAAAAACUUCAAAUGUUCCUAAGAGCUUUCUCUUGCAAAUACUCGGGAAAGAUCGAGUUACCAAAUUCCUUAUAGAAGAAAUUGUCAGUAUAACUGUAGGCGAUUUUGUGAAGAAGGAAAAUUUGAAGGUGAAGAGCCAAUUCAAGACAACACAAACUGCAGAUGAGCUUGAAUCAGCAUUUACCCCUGGUAGUGAAUUCAGUUUCAAUGCUACUAUGGAGUUGUUAAAAACAGAUGCUGAAGCGGCGAACUCAAGCUCUACAUAGUCAUUUACUUCCGGAGUGAGAUGCAAUGCUUGUAUAGCUUGGCGCACACAUGCCUUGUUACAUAUUGUAUUUCUGUUGUUACAUGGUUUCAAUAACUUUCAUGUUGUUCUCUUUCAAUAGAAUAUUUUUCCCCCCUCAAAGUGAACUGUUUCAACUAAUUUUUUUUUUA